GGUUGGAAGACGGAGGUUACACUAUUUUUCGGUUGACUGUUGAAAUGUAAUGGGGAAAUUGGCGAGUUUUGAGAUUUUUCUACAAAAUCAUGAUCCUAUAUUUUAUGCUGGACAAACGGUGCAAGGCCAUGUUUCCAUUCAGUUGAACGAACCUAUGAAAAUCAGAGGUAUUUGUCUUAAGUUUUAUGGACAGGCAAAAGUUCACUUUACUGAAAGGGUAUCAAGAGGAUCUGGAAAUAACAGACAUCAUGAAACAGUUCACUAUAGAGCGGAAGAAGAAUAUUUUAAUCAAAAAGUCCUUUUAUUUGGACAAGGAAAGGAUUCAGUAAUGGCACCAGCUGGACAGAGUGUUUACCCUUUUCAGUUUACCUUACCACCUGGUUUGCCAUCAUCAUUUGAAAGUAUGUAUGGUUAUGUGAGGUAUUGGUUAAAAGCUACCAUCGAUCGACCAUGGAAAUUUGAUCACACAACAAAAACAGCUUUUACUGUUAUUUGUCUGUUAGAUUUGAACAGAGAACCGACAGCAACAACAGCAUUACAAGGCCAUGAUGAAAAAACUUUAUGUUGUUUGUGCUGUAAAUCAGGACCAAUUUCUGCAGUCUUCAGAAUAGAUCGAGGAGGUUUUGUUCCUGGAGAAGCAAUACCCAUUAAUGUAGAAAUUACUAACCACUCAAGCAGAACAAUAAAUGGUUCUAAAGUUGUAUUCAGAAUGGAAACACUUUUUAAAGCUCGGGGUAAAAUGAAAGUUGAAAGUAGACAGUUGGCAAAAAUAAAACAUGAUGGAUUUAAAAAAGGAGAGAGUGAUAUUUGGAGUGGGGAAGCCAUCAUUAUACCACCAGUCCCUCCAUCUUUUCUAGCGGGUUGCCAUAUUAUUGAUAUACACUACUAUUUAGAGUUAAUAGUAAAUCCAUCCGGAUUAUCUUUUGAAAUGACUAUACCAUUAGAGAUAAUAAUAGGAACAAUACCAUUAAAUCAUAUUGUACUACAAUUUCCUCCAAUGCCACCUUCUCAACCAGCUAUUUAUCCACCUGUGUUAGAUGAUCCUGAUGGAGCUAAACCAAGUACACCAUCGUCACCGCCACCUUCUUAUGCUGAUUGUGUAUUUGGUAAAGUGAAUAUAAAAGAAGAGGAAGAUAAUGAAUAUACUGGUGGUAAUCUGGACUUUACUCCAAAAUAUACUUACUAUAACUGGGGUCAUCAACCUUCUGCCCCACCCCUUGAUGAUGAUUAACAAAUUUAAUUUGAUUUGAUGACUUAAAGUCCUAUUGGUUGUUUUGAUCAACCAUAAUAUAGGUGUAUGAGAGUUUUACAUUGAAUGGAAACAUUUAGAUUGUUGUAAAGCAGGGCAUUUUGUAGUCUAGUAAGUCAGGGGUUGGGGGCAACACAGAUGAUGUUGUCAACUGAAAACCACACCCUUUUUGGUACUAUUUGAGAGAGGAAAAAUAGCAUACAUGUAUAUGCCAGAUCUUGUCUAAGGUAUGCUAAAAUACUACUAUUUUCUCGCGCCCAUGGGAGAUACCCUACCAAACUCCCUAUGCUUCAGAUUCCUUAAAAAAAUGUCCUGGCUUAAAGAUUUUAAAAGUAAGCUGAAACUUUUGCUGGCAUUUGUCAAUGACGAUGGUUAAUACUUAAUGGUACCUGAAUGCUGAAUUUGUAAGAACAUGGACUCUCAAGAGAUGUUGUUAGUUAUGUUUUGUUGAACUGGUCCAAUGACUGUUUUUAUACGCCCACUUUUUCAUGUGGACGUAUUAUGCCGUCGCCCCUCUCGGUUCAUCCGUCCAUCCACAAUUUGUUUGUGGACACUCUACAGUUUUUUAUGCACCUAUUUCUUCAUGUGGACGUAUUAUGCCAUUUGUCCGUCCAUCCACAAUUUGUUUGUGGACACUCUACAGGUCACAAUUAUUGCCCCUGAUUGUAUGGAAAAUCGCAUUUUAGUUAGUGGUCCCUCUACAACUUACAAGUCACAAUUAUAGUAUAGUCCGAUUUAAUGUUUAAAUAUAUCACCAUUACACCCUAAUGAAGGUUGAGUUUGAAUUUCAUGUAAAUCAGACCAAAACUGAUGGACAAAUUGGCCGCCAACGUAAUCAAAUAGUGUAAAAAUAUGGUAUAUCAAGGUUGUGAACACUCUAGAGGCCGCAAUUUUGAUCGGAUUUUGAUGAAACUUUAAAUUUAUGUUUAUAUCACAAACAUCUUGGUUCCUUUCGAUAAUCGUGCAUAUCUGAACGCAACUUCCUGGAUUAUGGCCCCUGAUUUUUCGAAAAAUCGCAUUUUUAGCUUGUGGACCCGCUAGAAGUCACAAUUUGUAUUCAGUUUUAAAAAACAUUUUAAUAUAUCACCAUUACACAUCCAUGAAGGUUGAAUUCGAAUUUUCGUAAAAAUCUGAUCAAAGCUGCCGGACAAAAUGGCCGCUCCUUGUACGUAAAUAGUGUAAAGGUAUGUAAUACCAAGGUUGUGGACAUUCUAGAAUUCACAAUUUUUAAUCCGAUUUUGAUGAAACUUGAAAUGAAUGUUUAUAAGUCAAAGAUUUUGGUUCAGUUCGAUAUUUGUGCAUAUUAGACUGUAACUGGAUUAUGUUCUCUGAUUGUACGAAAAAUCACAUUUUUAGCUUGCGGCCACAAUUUUUAUCCGAUUUUUAAAAAAAUGUUUAAAUGUAUCACCGUUACACCCUAAUGACGGUUGAGUUUGAAUUUCAUGAAAAUCGGACCGAAAUUGCCUGACAAAAUGGUCGCUCCUUGUACACAAUUAGUAUAAAAGUAUGUAAUACCAAGGUUGUGGACCCUCUAGAAGUUAAAAUUUUUAUCAGAUUUUGAUGAAACCUAAAAUAUAUGUUUAUGUCCCAAAGAUCUCAGUUCCUUUUGCUAUUUGCGCAUAUCAGACUGAAACUUCCUCCUGGAUUAUGGCCCCUGAUUGUAUGAAAAAUCACGUUUUAAGCUUGUUUAGCCUACCCUCAAGAGGUCACAAUUUUUAUCUUAUUUUAAAAACCAUUUAAAUAUAUCAACAUUACACCAUAAUGAUGGUUGAGUUCCAAUUUCUUAAAAAUCGGAUCAAAACUGCUGGACAAAAUGGCCACUCCUUGUAUGCAAAUAGUGUAAAAGUCUGUAAUACCAAGGUUUUGGACCUUCUAGAGGUCACAAUUUUUAUCUGAUUUUGAUGAAACUUAAAAUAUGUUUACAUCCCAAAGAUCUAGGUUCCUGUAGAUAUUCAUGCAUAUCUUGCAAAAUGUGGGCGUAUCUUGUAUGGCAACCACUUGUUUGUAUUGAUUUGAUAUUGUGACAUUGAACAAUAAUUGGUGAAUUUAAUUGUAAAUAUAUAAACCAUUUAUCAAAUAUUACUAUUUGAGAUGAAUUAAACUUCAACAGGACAACUGUGUGUGUGUUUUUCCAAGUCUAGAUUUACAUAUAAUUUGUGAAUAUAUUUUAAUAGCUUUGUUUUUUUACCUAUAUUACCUUUCAUCGUAAAUCUUAUGGUUACAUUCUUUUUGGAAAAUACUGAGAUAAUAUGAUUCUUUUUUAUACUGUAUCUAAUUUAUUGCUAUAUUUACAAGUUACAAUGGAUCUUUUUUAAGCGAUUUAAUUGUGGACAUAUUGUCCUCCAUAGACAAUGGUUUUGUGAACACUUUUAAAGGCCAAAGUUUUAUAUGUUUUUAUAUUCAAAUUCAGAACAAAUUAUAUUGUUUAUAUAUCUGAUAUGCAUUCUUUUGAAUGCAAUACAAGACAGAGUUCAGGAUGGAAUUUUUUAAUACUUCAUGUUAUUAUUUAUUAGAGCACAGGAAUAAAAUUAUUUUGACAUAAAAAACAUGUAGACACAGGAAAGAGUUUUAGAAAACUGCUAGACAGGACUUUUUGGCAUCGAUUUACUAUGCUGAUGGUGAACCUUACGACAUUAUCAUCAUUAUAAUUAACACGGCAAAGAAAUAGUUAUUUAAUAUGAACUAAAAGUACAAAUAUUCCUACUAAUGUAUCUACCUCAAGGUCAUUGUAAUUAUAUCUUUCUGCAUAAUUAGAUAAGUUGUUGGAUCUACGGGAGGUGUCUAGUUUAUGGAUCUAUGUAUAUUUUCUUUUGUUAUAGCUUGUGUCAGUCAUCUGGUUGUCUGAUGUAAACAAGGAGGCACUUUUUACUUCUUCUCCUGAACUGAUUGAUUGAUUUCAACAAAUUUUUUUAAAUGUCUUGCCACAGCAGCAUUUAUUCUGAUUUGUUCAUAUGAGGUUGCUUGCACUAUAGGGGCAAAUUUAGAUAAUCUUAAAAAUAUAUCUUCUUCCUAAAGUGAACUAUGUGUUAGUCCCAAAAUGACCUAGUUUGUGUGUCAAGUGGAUGUUAAACUCCAUUUCUCUCUCUCUCUCUUUCUCUCUCUCUCUCUGUCUCUAAACCACUUGAUUGAUUUCAACCAAAUUGGUUGAUUGGUCAAUGCUUGUCAAAAUCGUUUCAAAUAAAGCUACUAACUUCAAAGGGGCAGAGUUAGAUUACAACUAAAAUUGAUAGAUAUGUUUCGUGCAUGGUGCUUCAAAUUGUUGAAACGAUUGAACUUUAAUUACCGGUGUAUCAAAAAAGAAAGUUUGUUCAUAUGAUAUUUGAUUUAAUCAUGGAAACAACAAUGAUAAAAUGUCUUAUAUUCUCACUAGCCGAAAUCUUCAGUGGGUGAUUAAGGCCCUUGUGCCUCUUGUUUGAAUUUAAGCAUUUGAUUUGUUAUGUAAGUGGGUAUUUUUAUUAUCUAUAUCCCGAACUAUUUUUUUCUGAAUAUGCAGAGAUGAAUUUUUUACACUUUUAGAAAUUAAUUAAAUUAUGUCUACCUAUAGGGGAAAUCUAAUAAGUAUUUGGUUUGAGAAUAAAUUACUUCAAAUCCAUAUAACUACAGUGGAUUAAAACUGCAGUUUUUGAUGAAAUUUAAUACAUAAAAAGUCAUAGAAACAUUGCCACAUUUGUUCAUUUAUACGAUCAUGUUCUCAUACAACUUGACAAGAAAAAUUUGGCAAAGUAUAUAUGGCAUAUAUUUUCAUUAUUAUUAUGGUGGAUUUGCCAUAGAAAAAUACUUCAUGUAAAGUUACCUUAAAAGUUGAAUCAAGUCCACCAAUGACAAGAUGAUUGUUAAAUAUUGAUUAAAGUUUAAACUCCUCUAACUCAUCAAGUAAUUUCAUGCAGAAAGUGAGUACUUAUUGUACUGUUUUAAGUGUUCAAAACACAGCAUUCAGCACACAGAGCAAAUUUUUAAUACUUAGCAUACAUUGUUAGAAUGAAUAUCUGACAACAAUUUCUCAAAUUCAUGACCUUUCAUUUUAAGCAGUCAUAUAAAUUUUAACCCAAACAUUAUUUGGCAAUAAUUUGUAGUGUACCAGUUUCUGUAUUUCCCAAUUUUUUCAAGUGUAAAAUGUAUGAAAAUGCAAUGUUAAGUGUAGAAUUAUUGUAGAUCUAUUUCAGUUUAAGAAAUAUAAGUAAAUUGUACAUGUUAUAUUAUUAUAUAUAUGUAAUAUAUAAUGGUUAGAAUUUGUGACUGUGUGAUUCGUUUGGUUUUUUUGUUAGCUAUGUGAUGUGAUAUAUUUGGAAAAAUCUCAGAAUAUGUUUUUUAAUGCACAGAGCUUCCUGUAUGUACGACUGUUUAACUUAUUUUCUACCUGUAUUAAUUUAAUAUGCAGUAUAUAUUUGAAGAAUAAUUCUCCAAAAGCAUUAUUAUUAUGCUCAUAUUUAAAUGGUUGUUUAAUAAAUAGUUUUCAGAUUACAAUAUAUAUUUUGAUAUUAAAAGGAAUCUGGUCUUUCCUCCAUUUGAAUUGACCUCCCAUUUGUGAAAUUACUAAUACUGAUUGUUAUUUUUCACAUAAGUUAACAUGACUUCCAACAUUUAUAGUUUUUAUCUGUCAAGUGAUUUUUGUUGGAAGCUGAAUAAUAUUAUCCUAUUUGCACUUGAACUGCCUGAAACUAGUGCUCAUUAGACCCUCCAAUGUCACAUGCAUGCAAGAAUUAAUAUAUGCUUCUGUCUGUCAUGCAAUACUGAGAGUAGCUAUUCACAGUACUCAAGUGGUUUGCAGCAAUCUAGCUAGGGAACAGUAGUUUUGAAUGGUUUAAGGCUGUCCAGUGAUAAAUCGGUAUAAAUUCUCAAAUAACCAGGGUAGUCAAUAUUAAAAUGUACCAAGUGCUAUGUAUGUUUUUAAGUUACUUUUUAUGCUAAUUUUAAUCCACUAAAUAAAUGUUUAUAUUUUACAGUUUUACUUGUGCAACAUAACUAAUGUCUCGGCUUUUGAUAUUUUGUUUUUGUCUUGUUGAAAUUACUUAUGUAUGUACAUGUACAUAUUGUUAUGCAAUAAUAAACCACAUUAGUUUUACCUUUUAAA